AUGUCUUUUGAAAAUUUUCUUAAUUGGACUGUAUCAAUUGAUUGUGGAUCAAAUAUUGGAAAUUAUCAAGGACAAAUUAAAUCUGUUGAUGGAAUUAAUCAAACAUUAACAUUAAAACAUGCUUUUCAUAAUGGAAUUUUAAUUGAUGAAGAAUUUAUUCUUCUUAAAGCAAAAGAUAUUAUUGAUUUAAAUCUUUUAUCUCAACCUGGUUCAUCAUUUCAAAUUCCUAAAACAAUUAAUAAAAAAUCAUCAAAUUAUGAACAAUCACAACAACAAUUAAAAGCUGCACCAAUUGCUAAUAAUGGUAGUAAAUCAAGUGAUAUAAAUGCUAGUCAAUCGAAUCGUUCUCGUUCAUCGAAAUCUUGGUCAGAUGAAGCAACAAAUGAAAAUGAAACAAAUGAGGAAGGAAGACUUCGUUAUCAUAUGGAUCCACCAAAUAUCUCAUCAUUAAAAAAUUCUUCAAUAAUUCAACCAUCAUCAAUGCAAGAUAAAUAUCGUUGUGAUCAAAUGAUACUUGAACAUAAUAAUGGACCUAUUGAAUAUGAACAAAUUCAAUUACCUGUACCUUCAACUAAAAAAUAUUUAACAGAUGAAGGUCUUAUUAUUCCUGCGAUAAAUACUGAAUUACGUGAUAGAUUAUUUAAUUCAGCUGAAUAUUAUGGUUAUUCAUUAGAACGACGUGUUGAAUCAAUGGGUCGUUGUACAAGUGAUAUGUGUUUGCAUUUAUUAGGUGGUACACAACGAUUAUUAGUUAAAAAUCGUCAUCAACAUCCAACAAUUGUUGUUUUAGCAUGUUUAACUGAAAUUCAAGGUGCAUAUGCAAUAUCAGCUGGAAGAAUUUUAGCAUCAAAAAAUAUUCAAAUUUAUUUAUAUGUUCCACCAAAUUUAACAACAAUUAGAAGUAAUAUUAUUGAAAAUGAACUCAAAUUAUUUCGAACAACUCAAGGUAUUAUAACAAAUAAUGUAUCAGAUCUUCCUCGAUCACCAGUUGAUUUAAUAUUAAAUGGUUUAGAUGCUGCAAAUAAUUCCGAUUCAGUUUUAUUUGCUAAACCAUGGUAUCGUGAUAUAGUUCAAUAUUGUUCACGUCUUCAAGCCUCUGUUAUUGGUGUUGAUCCUCCAUUAGAUGGUGGAGCAAUUGAAUGUAAAUAUUCAUUAGUACCUUUAUUACCACUUGUUGCUAUGUCAUCAAAAAAUGUUGGAAGACUUUAUUUAUGUGAUCUUGGAUUUGGACAAAAAGUUUUUCAACAUCUACAAAUACGUUAUGCAUCACCAUUUGGUGCAAAAUCAUUUGUUGCUUUACAUGAUAAUUAA